GCUGUUGUAUGUUUUUAAGUCAAGGCUGACUGAAGGUAAGGUGUACAAGCUGUCCUGUUUUUCGGUGGAAAGACUAUUGUAUUUGGAGGAGAUUUUCGUCAAAUUUUGCCCGUUGUUCCUAAAGGGGGGCGUGCUGAUGUUGUGCAUGCCACCAUUAAUUCAUCUCCUUUAUGGUCUGUUUGUAAUGUAUUGGAGUUGACACAGAACAUGAGGUUGCAGGCAUCUUCGGAUGUGCAUGAAAAUGAGAUGUUGAAUCAAUUUGCACAAUGGAUCUUAAGUAUUGGUGAUGGUAAGGUUGGUGAUGACACUGAUGGCGAGGCUGUUGUAGAAAUUCCGAGUGAUCUGUUGGUGGAUCAUUCCGGUGAUCCUAUUGGCGAUAUUGUUGCGGCAACAUACCCUGGUGUUGUUGAAAAUCUGGUUGAUGCAACAUUUUUUCAAGAUCGUGCCAUUCUCGCACCAACUCUUGAGUUGGUUGAAAAGGUUAAUGAUUAUGUGAUGGCAAUGAUACCUGGAGAUGAAAAGGAAUAUUUGAGUUGUGAUUCGGUUUGCAAAUGCGACGAUGAUAUAGGUGUUGAUCAUCGAUGGAUUACAACUGAUUUCUUGAAUGACAUCAAGUGUUCGGGAAUGCCAAACCAUAGGUUAUGUUUGAAGGUUGGAGUUCCUGUCAUGUUGCUUCGCAACGUUGAUCAAGCAUCUGGUCUCUGCAAUGGAACACGUUUGAUUAUUGUCUCCUUGGGGAAAAAUGUGAUUUGUGCACGUGUUAUUGGUGGUACACAUGCUGGUGAGGUUUCCUACAUUCCUCGGAUGAAUCUGAUUCCUUCUGGUGCUAAUGUUUCCAUUACUUUUGAGAGGUGUCAGUUUCCAUUGGUUCUUUCAUUUGCUAUGACCAUAAACAAGAGCCAAGGUCAAACUUUAACCUCUGUUGGACUUUAUUUGCCAAGGCCAGUAUUUACUCAUGGCCAACUUUACGUUGCUGUAUCGAGGGUGAAGAGUAGGAGUGGAUUGAAGAUCUUGAUAACCGAUGAAAAUGGUUCACCAUCGUCGUCCACCGUCAAUGUAGUCUACCAGGAGGUUUUUCAGAAAAUUUGAAAUUAAUUGCAUUCAAAUUGAGGACUGGGAUACUGCAUUGAUGCUGUUUCUGGAUUUCUUGGUGUAAUUUGUAUUUCUCCGUUUUGGAUCUGUGGUCUGACCUGAAGUGUGUCUGCUAUAUGGUUUAUUUCCUUAGGUUUAUCCAAAUGUUGCUUCAUCUUAUUAUGACCAUUGUUUAUGUGUUCUAUAGAUGCCCCUGCGUUUCUUUUAGUUAUAUAAAUAGGUAAAGCAGUGCUGCUGUGUUGUUGGACCUACGUUGCUGACCAAUCUUUUAUGUAUAAGAGACUUUGUAGUGGCAAUAUUGCUCAAUUUCUAUUCCUGUUUGUACUUUGGUAUCUUUAUUAAUUUCUCAUGUAUGUUGAAGGCACCGUGAAUUAUGAAAAUUAAUAUAUUUCCAGUUAUGUUGCAUCGAUAAGAAA